AUGGAAUCGAGCAACGGGAACAACAAUAACAACGACAAUAACAAUAACAGCCGGCUCCAUUUGAAUUUCGGUUUCAAUGAUCGUCCGUACACCGCCUCCGCAAACAACAGGGCUUAUCCAACCACGCCUUCGACCUUCCCCCAGCCGAUGUACCCCGGUGGCCAGGAGCAUGUCGAUUCUCAGAGCCCUCAUAUUGCCGUGGGGGGGCAAGGCUAUUUCAUGAACAAUCCGUAUGCUCCCCAGCAACCGCAUGCUCCGACUCAACAAUAUGGCCAACAAGCCGCACCUUCGCCUCAAGCAACCUACCAAGCCCGUCCUGGCUACCAGACGAAUGAUGCGACAAAUGGUCUGAUUCAGCAAUUUUCAAACCAGGAUUUGGGAGGUGCGCAUCCUCGGGCUGGGAUGUUUGGCCGCAAUCCUGCUUCAGGACAACGCCCACGUACUGCCGGUGCCCAGCCGUCGCCCCAAGCCUCGGGACACGGUGGCCCGCCAAUGCCAACCCGUAGCCCUAAACCUGCUGCAGAGGAGGAAGAAUUGGUGAGAUGUGUUGAGAAAUACUCGGAGAAUGUGCAUAAACGUGGCAGAGCGGCGAAGGAACUGGUCAACGUUUUCUUCCGUGAGAACAUUGAACGUGCCCGUGACCGUAAUCUUCGAGCUGUCAAUCUCGACAAGGUCUUGACGAACCCAAGCCUUCCAGAGGCGCGCAAACGCCAAGAAGCGGAAACUGUGGCCAAAAAAGAAGCAAAUUUCCUUCGCUUCAUUCGGACCAGAGAAACGCCAGCCAACUUCCAAACUCUAAAAAUCAUUGGCAAAGGUGCAUUUGGGGAGGUCAAGCUUGUGCAGCGAAAGACUGAUGGAAAGAUAUAUGCCCUGAAAUCCUUAGUCAAAACAGAGAUGUUCAAAAAGGAUCAACUUGCUCACGUCCGUGCUGAGCGCGAUAUUCUAGCCGAUUCAAAAGAUAGCCCAUGGCUUGUGAAGUUGCACGCGUCUUUCCAAGACAAGGCUUACCUUUAUUUACUUAUGGAGUUUUUGCCUGGUGGCGAUUUGAUGACUAUGCUCAUAAAAUUCUACAUGGCGGAAAUCGUGAUGGCUAUUGAAGCGGUUCACAAGCUCGGGUUUCUUCAUCGGGAUAUCAAGCCAGACAAUAUCCUCCUAGACCGUGGUGGGCAUAUUAAGCUCACCGAUUUUGGUCUGUCCACCGGUGGGAAAAAGCAACAUGACAAUUCUUACUACCAACAGCUUCUAAAAAACACUUCUGCAUCGAAGGAUAAGAACCGGAACUCUGGCUUCUUCUCUGACGCUAUCAACUUGACUGUGUCCAAUCGUGGCCAGAUCAAUACUUGGAGAAAAUCUCGUAGGGCUAUGGCUUAUUCGACCGUCGGAACCCCUGACUAUAUUGCACCCGAAAUAUUCAAUGGUCAGGGCUAUACCUAUUUGUGUGAUUGGUGGUCUGUCGGUGCGAUCAUGUUCGAAUGUCUCGUGGGAUGGCCCCCGUUCUGUGCCGAAGAGCCCACGGAUACGUACCGGAAAAUUGUAAACUGGCGCGAGUGUCUCUGGUUCCCUGACGAACUGACACUCUCUCAUGAUUCGGAACAUCUGAUUAGAAGCUUCCUUUGUGACCCUGAACACCGCAUUGGUCGAGAAGGCGGCGCCCAGUUCGGAGCUACACAAAUCAAAAACCAUCCGUUCUUCCGUGGCGUGGUCUGGGACCAACUUCGCAAGAUUCGUGCACCAUUCGAGCCCAAACUCACCUCGAAUGUGGACGUAUCGUACUUCCCAAUUGAUGAGAUCCCACAAGAGGACAACUCAGCCCAACUCCGUGCUCAGGCUCGCGCCAUGCCAGAAGAGCAGGAAGCUGAAAUGAGCCUUCCAUUUAUUGGAUAUACAUUCAAGGCCUUCAAUGCCUUCCAAGGAAGCUAG